UUGUUAAGCCGUGAUAGAAAAAGUAUAUAAAGGGAGUAGCGAGUCAACAGCACACGAUAACCAAGAUAUAAGAAAAAACAACCAAGAGAGAAACCGAGAUGCAGACGAUGAAAGUGUUCGUGGUUUUUGUUGCCGUAUUCGUGAUUGAGCAAGCAUCGGCGGCAGUAAAUACAAAUGAACUUGCCAAAGCAUUACACAAUAAACUAUCCAGUAUUCUGGAGCCCGAGCUUAUGUUUGCCCCGGCACCGCCUGGGAGUAACUUUAAAGGUCGACCCCAGCCUGUGUCGCCCAAGCUUGACUUUCUUCUUGUUCUCGACAGCAGCGGGAGCAUUACUGCCGAGCAUUUUGAAUGGGUAAAAGACAAUAGCAAGGUUCUAGUAGAUUACAUUCACGGUCAAUCUCCGAUUGGGACGUAUGGAUCACGGGUCGGACUCAUCGAGUACUCCACCCAAUGCAAAACCCACGUGGAAUUUUCAUUCUGCGACUACAACACUGUCAGUACUAUAAAAAACCGGAUCAGUCAAGUGAAGUUUGAUAACGGCGGUUCCACUGCGACGGGCCCUGCACUACAGUUGGCUAAAACGGAACUGGAUAUCAAAGGUCGCCCAGGCAACGUGAGAGUGGUGUGGGUGAUUACAGACGGCAAAUCGAACUCUGGUGUGAAACCUAAGAUACCCGCGGAUGACCUUAGAGCGAAUGGUGUUAUGGUUUGUGUUGUUGGCGUCGGCAAUUCCGUCAACGACGUGGAGCUCAACCAGAUCGGGGACAGCGGGUGUGUAUUCCGCUCAGACUCGUACAGUCAGUUGAAGACGGCAGCCAGAAUGGCUUACAACCUGAGCCAACCCCAACUGAGUUCCGGUUUCUUCAACAACCUUUCGUUCAAGCGUGUUUAAUAAAAAUGAUUUGCAAUAUCGGUGCACUUACCAAAGCCAAUCGAAAAACACAUAGCUUAGCUUUGCACUGUACAUUCCCGAACAUGUAUUUUAAUCGCUUGGAUAAUCAUGCAAACAAGAUGAAUUUAUAUCUUAGCAAAGUUUAUUGAGAAAAAAUUAUUUUGACUGUGAGAAAAACAUAAGCAUUAGCAAUUUUAUAUUUAUUUGGAUGGUUCGUUAGACGUUAAGGAAACAGCUACUCUGAUAUAUCAUUGAUUAAGUUUAUCUUCUAUUUAAAUGCACACGUGUGUGGACGAUUUUUUUCGAUGCAGUUUCGAAAGAUCUCUUGUUUGUUUCAUUUAUGUUAUGUCGUGUCACUUUUGACAAUAAAAAUGUGCUUACUGAUU